AUGGAGACUCCAGGCCCUGUCACUCUGGAGGCACCCUUUGAACCAUCGCAGCCCCCAGUCGUUGAGAGCUUUAGCCCCAGUGUACACAGCACUUCGGAAACCUUCAAGGAAAAGUUUCUUCACAAGACCCGUGAGAACCCAAUGGUACCCAUAGGCUGCCUGGGCACAGUGGCCGCCCUUACCUACGGCCUCUUCUGCUUCCACCGGGGUCAGAACCAGCGCUCCCAGCUCAUGAUGCCCACCUAAAUCGCCCAGGGCUUCAUGGUCGUAGCCAUCUUGGCGGGUCUGGCUGCAUCCACUCUGAAAUCUCAACCCUGAGUCGGUGGCCUGGCCUUGAAAGCUCCGCGGAGAUCGUUCCCAGAUCCAGGAGCAACCACCGGUCCUGCCACUGGCAUUAUUCCCUCAUCUCCCCUGACAAGCCCCUGUAUCAGUGGUGUCAGAAGUAGCCAACUGUGUAACCGACAGAUUUUUUUCAGGAAUCUCAGCCCCGGUUCAGUUUGAGUGUUGCAUACUUCUAGUUGUGUUGCACCUUUUCCACUCCCUACUUACUAAACUCUGAUCCA